CUUCCUCAGCUCUACGAAUGAUGAAGACUUCUGUUUAGUAGCUCUACCGACUUGUUGCUGUAGUGAUUACGCGUCGCCAAAUGGAAUCGACUGCUGAUACACACAACAAGUUGAACGAACGAUCAAAUGGAAUGAGUGUUCAACCUACGAGAUAUCUUAGGAUAUCUUCUGCAUUGUUUUACGCAGCGGCUUCUUUUCUGAUAACUGUCGUCAAUAAAAUUGUGCUUACAAGUUACAAAUUUCCCUCCUUUCAAGUCCUGGGUCUUGGCCAGAUGGUAUCAACUGUUGUAGUCCUUACUAUUUCCCGGAAGCUUGGAUAUGUUUCCUUUCCUUCAUUACAAAAGGACACUUUCAAACGAAUAUGGCCAUUACCGUUAAUUUUUGCUGGCAAUAUGAUGACUGGGCUAGGGGGUACACAACAACUAAGUUUGCCAAUGCUGACAGUACUAAGGCGAUUCUCAAUUCUAAUGACCAUGAUGGCAGAGUAUUAUAUUCUUGGAAUCACUGCUUCUUGCCCAGUACAGCUUUCUGUCUACAUGAUGAUAUUUGGUGCCUUGGUUGCUGCAAGUGAAGAUCUGGCAUUCAACUUGCAAGGCUAUAUGUAUAUCUCUUUAAAUAAUGUUCUCACAGCUUCAAAUGGAGUCUACCUAAAGAAGAAACUUGAUGCUAAAGACUUGGGGAAAAAUGGUUUACUUUUUUACAAUUCUCUCUUCAUGAUUCCUGUAGCAUUAAUUAUUGCGGCAGCAUCAGGCGAUUUACACAAGGCGUGGGAAUUUCAGCAAUGGAGUGACAUUGGGUUCCUAUCCCAGUUUAUGGGAUCUUGCCUCAUGGGCUUUGUUUUAUCCUACAGUACUUUGCUGUGUACUCAAUACAAUUCGCCUUUGACUACAACCAUAGUUGGCUGUUUAAAAAAUAUAGCCGUCACAUAUUUAGGAAUGGUGAUUGGUGGUGACUAUAUUUUUUCAGUCACCAACUUUAUAGGACUUAACAUUAGCGUGGCAGGAAGCCUUGUCUACACAUGGGUCACCUUCCGAGAAAAAGGGACUAGAAAACCUGAGGCAGAUGUUGACGAGAAAUCUUUAUUGACGAAAGAGAAAGAGUCACCUGCUUGAUCCACGGCUUAAAUGUAACGCUCAACAACAGAAUUUUCGUUAAGGUAAAUCUAAUAUCGUAAUUUUUAAGAUUCUUCCGGAUCACCAGACGCGUUGACUUAAGUAACUCAAGUAUCUCCAUUAUUUAAGCUAGCCUUAUUGCCCGACGAAUAUGUGCAUUUGUUACACUUUUGACCAUUUUGAAAUUUUCCUCAAUAUUGAAAUUUGUUAACAGUU